AUGGCGAAGCGCUUGAUCCCAACGCUCAACCGUGUAUUGGUCGAGAAGAUUCUUCAACCGUCGAAGACAGUCUCCGGCAUUCUCCUACCGGAGUCAUCUUCUCAGUUGAAUUCCGGGAGGGUGAUAGCAGUUGGCCCUGGAGCGAGGGACAGAGCUGGGAACCUGAUUCCGGUUUCGGUUAAGGAAGGAGACAACGUCCUUUUGCCUGAAUUCGGCGGUACUCAAGUCAAGCUCGGAGAGAAAGAGUAUGUUCUUAACCUGUUCGAUGUAAUUCCUCAGAGAGUGAGUUUUGUUUUGCCGCAGCUCAUUUCACUGAGAGUAACAGAGAAACAGUUUGGUUCCUCUGAUCCAAGAAUAGAGACUCUUUCCAUAACAGUUUUGGAAAUCUGA